GGGUGCCGGGUGCGAGGUUCAAUUUAAUACAACGAAAACAUAAACAAUUGUCUGCUCAGAGACACAUCAAACUUUUUACGUUUCUAUUCUAUUUAGGGAGAAAUCUCCCCCUUUAAUGCACUUGAUCGCUCUUUUAAAAGGCUGUCAUGAGUAAUAUAUACAUUCAAGAACCUCCCACUCACGGAAAGGUUCUUCUUAAAACUUCUGUUGGUGACAUCGAUAUUGAAUUGUGGUCGAAAGAAACCCCCAAGGCAUGUAGGAAUUUCAUACAGCUUUGUCUCGAGGGUUACUAUGAUGGCACUAUAUUUCAUCGAAUUGUCAAGGGUUUUAUUGCUCAAGGAGGUGACCCCACCGGAACAGGCGAAGGUGGCGAAUCAAUAUAUGGCCAACCUUUCAAGGAUGAGUUCCACACACGACUACGUUUUAUCCGGAGGGGUUUACUUGCAAUGGCAAAUGCAGGAAAGGAUGACAAUGCGUCUCAAUUUUUUUUUACUUUUGCUGCAACACCUGAGCUUCAAAAUAAACACACCAUUUUUGGAAAAGUCUCUGGAGAAACUGUCUUUAACAUGAUGAAGCUAGAAGAUGCUCUUGUGGGUCGUGAUGAUCGUCCUCAAUAUCCUCCUAAGGUCUUUGGCACAGAGGUUCUGUAUAAUCCAUUUCCUGAUAUUGUCCCUAGAGUUCUUCCUAAACAAAAGGAAAAGAAGCAAAGCAAGAAAAAAGAAAAGCAGGCAGGUGUUAAAAACUUUAAACUUUUGUCAUUUGGAGAGGAAGCUGAAGAGGAUGAAGAGCAAGUUAAUAGUGUGAAUGAAAAAUUAAGUGGGAAAGGUAAAUCAACUCAUGACGUUUUAGAUGAUCCUAAUUUAAGUUCUGUGCCAGCUGUAGAAACAGUUAAGAAGGGUGAUGAGUCUGAGUCAGAUGCCUUAAGUGGUGACCAACAAAGUUCAGAUUCUGAAGACAGUGAUAUAGCUGAAAAACAGCAACAAAUGGAAUCAGUUAAAAGUAAGCUAAAGAAAUUAGACAGCAAAUCUAUCAGCAAGAAAAAUGAAUCCAGCGAUAGUGAAGAAGAGUUUUCUCUUGCCAAAGAAAAAAGGGAGGAAAGAAAAAGAAAAGUAGAAAAUAUUCGGAAAGAAAUUGACGAUUUAAAGAAAAGUUAUAAAGACGAAAGAAAACGUACAAAACUUCAAGAACCAGUUCAGGAACAAGCGUCCACUAAGCCAAAAUCAAAACCUGAAGAUAAUCCUCUGUACGUUGCUCACGAAGAGGAAAUGAAAAAGUUUAAAGCCAAAACAAACUUCCCCAAAAAGGGAGCUUCCAGAGAAAGUUUUACCCUAGGUAUGCUAGACAAAUUUAGAAAUAAACUCCGCGCUGUUAAAGAGCAAAAUGAAGCAGAGGGCACAAGCGAAGAGGUUCCACUGGAAAUUCCUAGUGAUGAAGAUGAUACCAGUGACAAAUGGUUGGCUCACAAACUCAAUUUUAAGUCGGACACACCAACCCUGGCUAAGGAUGCCAACACCAAGGAUGAUGACUGGUAUGAAAUUCAUGAUCCCAGAAGUAAAAUUAGUCAGCAGAGAAGAGAGAUAAGCAAAUCCCUUAUGAAGAAGAAAGAGAAGAGGUUAUAGAUUCCAAUAAUCUCUUCUCCCGAAUUUAACUGUAGGAAAACAUUUUCGAAAAAUAAUCUGAAGGAAAUGUAAGUUAUUAUUUGUUUAA